AGCAUCCAAUUUCCUCUCUUCUUAUAGCUAGCUAUCACUAAAGUAGGAAGCCAUGACGAGGAAAAAGGUGAAGCUCGUGUGGAUUGCCAACGACGCUGCUCGAAAAGCUAGCUUGAAGAAGAGAAGGGCCGGACUGAUCAAGAAGGUGGGCGAGCUCACCACUCUUUGUGGGGUUCGGGCUUUUAUUGUCAUCUAUAGCCCGGAUGAAGUCGAACCCUCUAUUUGGCCAUCUCGUUCCUCUAUACAGCAACUACUGACUAGGUUCCAUGGCUUGCCUGAGAUGGAGCGAAGUAAGAAGAUGAUGAACCAGGAGACCUACAUGAAGGAGAGGGUAGCCAAGAUUCAAGACCUGAUGAAGAGGCAUCAAAGAAGGAACAAAGAGGCUGAGGCAACCCUUUUGUUGCACCAGGUUAACGGUGGGAAAGAGUUGGGCGAAUUCCAUGUGACUGAACUGCAAGGGUUGCUCUGGAUGCUGGACGAGAUCUCCAAAGAGGCCAACAAAAAAAUUGAAUAUUUUCAACAGGAUCCUGUUCCUACUCAUGAGGUGGGUACUCCACAACGCUCUAGAGGAGAGGACAUGACCCGGAGCACUUGUGGCGGUCCUAGUGUUGGUCUUGGCUCGAAUGUCAGGGGUUUCCCUGAGCCUCUGGUGUGGGAUCAGUGGUUCAUUGACAUGUUGAACAAUGAGAAUAUGGGAGCAGGUACCAGCAUGGGAGUCCCACACCAGACAUAUAUGGGCGGAUCCACCAUUGAUGACAUGGUUCUGCCACGUCAUCACUCAUUUCUUGGUGGAUCUGACAUAGGGAUGCUGGCUCAUGGGAAUUUCAAAGCCCCAAGCACUGACAUCCAUGGGCUGCAGCCUCAUAUGAUGGGUUUCAUGGGCCCUUAUGGUGGUGUUCCGGCUGAUAUGGUACUUCAUCAUCCUUUUGGAAAUAUUGGAGGGAAUGCCAAUAUCAAUGACAAUGGCUUUGGGACUGAUAUAAACAUGGGUUUGGGCUUGCAACAGUUCCAUCUGAACUAUGGAAGCAACAGCAACAACGCUGCUGGGAAUGAAAUGGCUGGGCUUCCUUUUGGACUGUUUGGUAGCAGCAGCAACUCCAACAACGGCACUGAAACUGAAAAUCUGCUGCACUUUGAUUUCAGCAAGACCUGGCCAUCUCCAUGAUUUCUGUUUCCUGUUAUUUGCUUCGUCUUUAGUUAGUGUUUCUUUUAUUGUUAGAAGUCACCCACAGUUCCAGUGUCUGUCGUUUAUUUUUUCUGUUGUUGUUGUUUUUUUCCCUAUGGGCGGUAGUCUCUGUUGUUUGUUGUGUUUCAAUUCAUGUUCAUCCGUGUAAAACCUACGAUUUUCGGGUCCUUCGUUUCCUAUAUGUUUGUGUUCGAUUUACUUUGAAUCAAUAAUGUUGUUGUUCUUUCAUCAAUAAAAUAAAUGCUGUUGC